AGCCUCUCCGCUCUCGGAGACGGUGCUCUUGGCUACGGCUCAGGUCGGAGCUUUAAGCUCGAGCAAGGAAAUAGUUAGGGUCCGAGCGUUGCUAGACCAAGGUUCGGAAGCCUCUUUCGUGUCCGAGUCAGCUGCCCAGCUGCUCAAGUUGCCGAGACGACCGGUGGAAGUCUCGUUGCGAGGAAUAAGUGGGAGUAAAGCUGGUGCUGCUCAUUCGGUUACGCGAUUAGUAUUGAGCUCGCUAGUUGAUCCGCGAUCCUCAAUCGAGAUUGAUGCUCUCGUUCUGCCGCGUCUCACGGCACCACUUCCCGCAUGCUCGCUGAAGGAGCACGCUUUGCCGAAACUUCAAGGACUGCCCUUGGCAGAUCCGCAGUUUACCAUCUCGAACCCGGUGGAUCUCAUCCUGGGGGCGGAUGUGUACGGACGAAUUCUGAAAUCAGGUGUGAAGCGCUGGCCUGCUUCGCGUCUUGUAGCACAGAACACCGCAUUCGGUUGGGUGGUUUCUGGCGCUAUUACAGCCGACCCGUCACGGCGGGCGGUGACGGCGUCGCUUCUGCAUUGUUCUUCCGAUCCGGAAUUACUGAAGGCGAUGGAAGCUUUCUGGAAAUUAGAGGAAAUCCCGUUGUCUCUAGAUCGGUGGAAUGACGAGGAGCAGAGGUGUGACGAAUUGUUUAGCCAAACGCAUUCGAGAAACGCGGAUGGUCGAUACGUAGUACGACUUCCAUUUAACUCCGGCCUUCCGGAGGCCGCUAGGGAGACGCGUGGAAUGGCGUUAGGUUCCCUCAGGUCAAUGCAUCGUCGCUUUGCGCGGGACGCGAAAUUAGCUCAAUCGUACCGAGAAUUCAUGGAGACCUAUGAGUCGCUCGGCCAUAUGGAACGAGUGCCUUCGGAGGAGAUUGCCAACGCUUCGGCUUGGUACCUGCCUCAUCACGCCGUUGAUGGUCUGUUGCGUGUAGGGGGUCGGCUCUCGCAUUCCGAGCUCCCGGCGCAACGCAAGAAUCCUCCUAUCUUGCCUCACAAGUCGGCGUUGAGCUUGUUGCUUGCCCAGCAUGCUCAUCGGACUUGCCUCCAUGGUGGUCCUACGCUUACAGCUAGCUUGUUGAUGCAGCAGGCUUGGAUACUUGGUAGGAGUCGAUUAGUUAAAUCGGUUGUGCACAAAUGUGUCGUUUGUCAACGAGUUAAACCUAGAACGGCUCAACAGCUAAUGGGCGAUCUUCCUGCUUCCAGGGUGACACCAGCUAGACCGUUUUCUGUGGCCGGUCUUGACUAUGCCGGUCCGUUCCAGAUACGCGCCGCGAAGGGACGCGGUCAGAAGGCGUAUAAGGGAUAUAUAGCGCUGUUCGUGUGCUUCGUCACACGCGCUAUCCACCUUGAAUUGGUAGGUGAUCUCAGCACCGCUUCAUUCAUAUCAGCGUUCAGGCGAUUCGUAGCUCGGCGUGGAGUCUGUCGCGCGCUCUACAGCGACAACGCGACUAACUUCCGAGGAGCGGAUACGGAGUUGAAGCGAAUGUUUGAGAGGAUGUCGGAAUUCUAUAAAGAAACUGCUUCUCUCCUAGCUCACGAGGGCACGGAAUGGACAUUCAUUCCGCCGAAUGCACCUCAUUACGGGGGGCUGUGGGAAGCUGGAGUUCGAUCCACCAAGCAUCAUCUUCGAAGGGUGAUAGGGGAGCACAUGCUCACUUUCGAGGAAUUUUCCACGUGGUUGGCUCAAGUGGAAGCUUGUCUAAAUUCUCGUCCCCUCAGUCAGCUGAGCGAGGACGUGGACGAUUUGCGUGCGCUUACUCCGAUGCAUUUCUUGAUCGGAGAAGCACCAGCGUUGCUUCCGGACGACGGUCCGCUGGAAGGGCCGGACAAUCGUCUGGAUAGAUAUCAACUGCUGCAACGGCUGUUGCACGGUUUCUGGACUCGCUGGUCGAGCGAGUAUCUCCAGCAUCUCCAAGAGAGGGGUAAAUGGAGAACUCCGGAGGAGAACAUGAAGGUAGGACAGUUAGUUCUUGUGAAAGAUGGGCGGUACCCUCCGGCCAAGUGGCCGUUGGGCCGUGUCAGAGAGGUCCAUCCGGGGCCGGAUAAUUUAGUUCGGGUGGUCACGGUGGAAACGGCCACCUCCACCUUUCGGCGACAUGUAGCCGGACUCAGCCCGUUGACAGUCGGGGAAGAACCACGUGCGGAUCGCCGCGAAUUGGCGGGUGAUCAAGCUGUAUGUUCGUCCACGGACGAAGGCGGGCGGAAUGUUCGCGGCGAAUAG